AGGACAGAUCACAGCGUACCAGCUGGCGAGAGUAGGGAGGUAGGGGACGGCAGUUUCUAGAUAGUUGUUUUUGCUGACAAUAACAGCUACUUUCAAUACGGAUAAACAGAUUCUACCUGCGCCCUUGUGAAAAAAAAAAUUUGACUGGAGAGCCACCUGAUACUGUUAAACACUGCAAAGAGGACAAAGAUGCCUGCUCUCUCUGCACACACUGAUUUCGGUAGCUCACCCCCUUCACCAGUGGACAGCAGUGCCAGGAGGCUGUCCUGGAGCAAACUGGUACAAAGAUUGACAGAUUUCAGCACAUCUGCCAACAGCAGCAGCAUUGACUCCGGGUCCAACAAUGGCAGCAGGAGUGAUCUCUCAGAUUCAGGGUCAGAUGUCUCCACUGAUCUGUCUCCAUAUAAUGAAGACCUGUUCUACGAUCCAAUGGAGGAGACAAUAUUGAAAGAAGUAGUGGACCUUAUUGCACGAAGCCUAAGAGAAGCCAAAGACUCAGAUUGCGCCUUACGAUGUACCAAACUGCUCAUCCCCGAGAAACUUCUGGAACAUAUUGGGCAAGAGCUCCUUCACCUGGCAGCUAGUGAGCCCUGCGGUUUGAGAGGGGCUCUCAUUGACCUUUGUGUGGAGCAAGGGUCCACCUGUGAAAGCAUGGGACAGCUAUCUGUGGACCCCUACCUUGUCCCCACCUUUCAGCUGACUCUGGUAUUGCGGCUAGAGUCGAGUGGGCUCUGGCCUAAAAUCCAAGGACUAUUUAGCACAAAGUCUCCUUCCACUCCAGUAGUGAGACAAGCUAUUAAACUUAGCACUGGUUUCCGUGUAAUAAAGAAGAAACUGUAUUGUUCUGAAGAACUGCUCAUUGAGGAAUGUUGAAAAAUUCAAGGGGGCAUCAAUGUUUUAUUAUCUGCAUUUUUAAAAUGUCUAGUUAAGCUCACAGAAGGGCCUUAUUACUUUACAAGUAUAUGAUGCCUUUUGAAAUGUAAGGAUGGACUCAUGAUGUAGCCCAUUAUUCCUACUGUAAGGGAGUUUAUGGUACCUGGAACAAGUGUUUAGCGCUGGCUCCUCAUUGUUCUUCAGAUUUCAGAGUACAUUUUCAAAUUGUGACAUGUAACCAUCACAUUAUAUCUGGUAAAUAGGUGUUUUGCAAGUAUUAAAAAUGCAUACCUCCAGUUCCUAUUGAACCAUACAGUGGCAGCUACCUAUAUGGUUAUAUCCACUGAAGACCAUACAUGGCCGUUAAUUUAACUGUAAACAAAGCAGACCAUUAAGGACCACAGUGACUGCUGGAAGUCAAGAGCAGAAUAGCUGCAACUUGAGCCUGUGUGCGCAUAUAACCUGUCCUGUUUUCCACUUUAUUUGACAUUCAAAU